GGGGAGGCGACCGCGAGCAGUGCAAGCCCGGGCGGUGGAAAUACAAAGCUGUUUCUUUCUGGAGUAUUCUGUAUUAACCAAAGGAAUAAAUGCAACCUCUAAUGUCCAGGGAAGCAUCCACAGAGUCUCCAGAUGAUGCAGAUGUUUUAGUUCUCUAUACUGUUGUUAAUUCUUGGUCUUUGACCCAGAGAGGUCUUUGAUCAAGGGACUCGUGCCCAGAGCAUGCUGCCAUGAUGUCAGACAUUGGACACCAGGACACCCACGUUCACUUCUAAGCAUCGUCUCUUAAGAUGAUUGCCAACAAAUGGAGGAACUUCCAGAGGAAGGUCAUGGCUCCCGAGGAAUUUGCAGCCCCUAAGGAACAGAGUGGAAUGCACAAAGCACAGAUUUUUGGGUUGGGCCCUGGGGCCUCCAUGGAUGGCCUGCUGCCCAUGAUCAGAUCUUGGCUGAUCUCCCUGACAAUUUGGACGGGUUGAGCCUGACAGAUGGAUAGUGGAGACUGGAGCUUCUAAUGCCACCCCCACACCCUGUCAGAGACAUUGCCAGGAAUGACUGAUAAGCACACAGGAUGCUGCCUACAUCAACGUGGUGACAUUUCUGUAGUCUGGGGGUAGGUGCCUCCAAAAAGAUUCCCCUGUCUGCAGCUGACUACCACAGGAAUUUCCACUAUAAGCCAUCCAUUCUGGUGACAAGAGGCCCAGACUGUCCCCUCUGAGAAUGCAAAUAGACCCACAGUGCAUGGGGACUCCUUCAGCUGUAUCACCUGCUUACACUUCGGUGUGAACCUGCUCGUUACACAAAGAGUGAGCGCCUGCUAUGUGCAAAGCACUAUUUCAAGGCACUUGGAAACAGUAGUGAACAAAAGGGACAAAAAUCUCUGCCUUCUUCGACGUGUCAUUCCGGUGGAAGGAGUCAGAAAAUGAACAUGAUUAACAGUGGCUCCCUUCACCCACCCCCCACCCCCACCUCGGACACCCAUGGGCAGCCAGGGACUGAUGAGCUCGCUGUGAGGCCUCUGAGACCAACCCACUUGCCCAGUCCUGUCCUAGGGGGUGGGGGUGCCGUGACGGCGAUGGGCGUGCCAGCCACCAGAUUCCUGAGGCCCGCCCUGCAGUGGGCUACGCCCAGCCAGGGAGUCUCCAGAGGUGAGGCUGUUCUUUAAAAACUGGGAGCCAGGAGACGAGACCCCCACAUUCAAGGGGUGCUUUUAGAGGCCAUCUGGAGAAAGAAGAGCAGCAGCACGGAGCCAGGUGAGGUCCUCUGUGGGGAUUCCCCCCAUUGGCUGAAAAUGAGGCCACUCCUACUCCUGUGUUUUGUCUUGCCCAACCUCCUGUGUGCCCAGCAAGUCUGUUCCCGCGGGGCCUGCUAUCCACCUGUUGGGGACCUGCUCAUUGGGAGGACCCGGUUUCUCCGUGCUUCAUCCACCUGUGGACUGACCAAGCCUGAGACCUACUGUACCCACUAUGGCGAGUGGCGGAUGAAAUGCUGCAAAUGUGACUCCAGGUUGCCUCACAAUUACAAUGGUCACCGAGUGGAGAAUGUGGUUUCAUCCUCGGGCCCCAUGCGCUGGUGGCAAUCCCAGAAUGACGUGAACCCUGUCUCUCUGCAGUUGGAUCUGGACAGGAGGUUCCAGCUUCAAGACAUCAUGAUGGAUUUUAAGGGGCCCUUGCCGGCCGGGAUGCUGAUUGAGCGCUCCGCGGACUUUGGUAACAACUGGCAGGUGUAUCAGUACCUGGCUGCCGACUGCGCCUCCGUCUUCCCCCGGGUCCGCCAGGGCCAGCCUCAGAGCUGGCAGGAUGUUCGGUGUCAGUCCCUGCCCCAGAGGCCUAACGGGCACCUGGAUGGGGGGAAGGUUCAACUUAACAUUAUGGAUUUAGCAUCUGGGAUUCCAGCAACUCAAAGUAAAAAAAUUCAAGAGCUGGGAGAAAUCACAAACUUGAGAAUCAACUUCACCAGGCUGGCCCCCGUGUCCCAGAGAGGCUAUCACGCCCCCAGUGCCUACUACGCAGUGUCCCAGCUGCGUCUACAAGGGAGCUGCUUCUGUCACGGCCACGCUGACCGCUGUGCCCCUAAGCCUGGAGCCUCUGCUGGACCUUCCACCACCGUGCAGGUCCACGAUAUCUGCGUCUGCCAACACAACACCGCCGGCCCCAACUGUGAACGCUGUGCGCCCUUCUACAACAAUCGGCCCUGGAGACCUGCAGAUGACCAGGACCCCCAUGAAUGCCAGCCAUGCGACUGCAAUGGGCACUCUGAGACCUGUCACUUCGACCCAGCUGUGUUUGCCGCUAGCCAGGGGGCACACGGAGGUGUGUGUGACGACUGCCGGCACCACACCGAGGGCAAGAACUGUGAGCGGUGUCAGCUGCAUUAUUUCCGCAACAGGCGUCCUGGCGCUCCUAUUCAAGAGACCUGUAUCCCCUGCGAGUGUGAUCCUGAUGGGGCAGUGCCCGGGGUUCCCUGCGACCCAGUGACUGGGCAGUGCGUGUGCAAGGAGCACGUGCAGGGGGAGCGCUGUGACCUGUGCAAGCCGGGAUUCACAGGACUCACCUAUGCCAACCCGCAGGGCUGCCACCGCUGUGACUGCAACAUCCUGGGGUCUCGUCGGGACAUGCCGUGUGAUGAGGAGAGUGGGCGCUGCCUGUGUCUACCGCACGUGGUGGGCCCCAAAUGUGACCAGUGCGCUCCCUACCACUGGAAGCUGGCCAGCGGCCGGGGCUGUGAGCCAUGUGCCUGUGACCCUCACAACUCCCUCAGCCCCCAGUGCAACCAGUUCACAGGCCAGUGCCCCUGUCGAGAAGGGUUUGGCGGCCUGACCUGCGGCGCUGCAGCCCUCCGCCAGUGUCCCGACCGGACCUAUGGAGACACAGGCACGGGGUGCCGAGCCUGUGACUGUGACUUCCGGGGAACAGAGGGCCCAGGCUGUGACAAGGCCACAGGACGCUGCCUCUGCCGUCCCGGUUUGACCGGACCCCGCUGUGACCAAUGCCAACGAGGUUACUGUGACCGCUUCCCUGUGUGUGUGGCCUGCCACCCUUGCUUCCAGAGCUAUGAGGCUGACCUCCGGGGGCAGGCCGUGCGCCUCGGCGGCCUGCGCAAUACCACUGCCAGCCUGCGGCCCGGGCUGCGUCUGGAGGAUCCUGGCAUGACUGCCCGGAUCAUGGAUGCAAAAAGGAAGAUGGAACAGAUCCACGCAAUUCUCGGCAGUGCCUCAGUCACCGAGCGGGAGGUGUCCCAGGUGGCCAAUGCCAUCUUCUCCAUCAGGCGGACUCUCCAGGGCCUGAAGCCUGAUCUGGCCUUACCGGACGAGACCUUGACCCUCUUGGGAGACCUGGAGAAUCUGGACAGAAGCCUCAAUCGCCUCCUCAUUAUGUAUCAGAGCAAGAAGGAACAGUUUGAAAGGAUAAGCAGUGCAGAUCCUUCAGGGGCCUUCCGGGUGCUGACCGCUGCCUACCAGCGCUCCUCCCAGGCCGCGCAGCGGGUCUCUGAGGGCUCCCACCUGCUCCACCAGCUCCAGGACAUCCGGAGAGAGGCAGAGAGGCUGGAGCGGCAGGUGGGGGGAGGAGCGGGAGCCAGAGACCCCCAGCUCACCGCCUUGAGCCGGAGGAUGGCUUCCUUGCCUGAUCUGACGCCCACCAUCAACAAGCUCUGUGGGGGCGCCAGGCAGACGGCCUGUACCCCAGGAGCAUGCCCUGGAGAGCUGUGUCCCCGAGACAACGGCACGGCAUGUGGCUCUCACUGCAGAGGGGCCCUCCCCAGAGCUGGGGGGGCCUUCCGGACGGCGGGCCAGGUGGCCAGGCAGCUGCAGGGUUUCAACACCCAGCUCCAGCAGACCAGGCAGAUGAUCAGGGCCGCCGAGGAGGCCGCCUCGAAGGUGCAGUCAGACGCUCAGCGCCUGGAGACCCAGGUGAGCACCAGCCGCUCCCAGAUGGAGGAAGAUGUCAGGCGCAUGAGGCUCCUCAUCCAGCAAGUCCGGGACUUCCUGUCAGACCCCGACACCGAUGCAGCCACCAUCCAGGAGGUCAGCGAGGCCGUGCUGGCCCUGUGGCUGCCCACAGACUCCGCCACAGUCCUGCGGAAGAUGAAUGAGAUCCAGGCCAUCGCGGCCAGGCUACCCAAUGUGGACCUGGUGCUGUCUCAGACCAAGCAGGACAUUGCUCGGGCUCGCAGGCUCCAGGCUGAGGCUGAGCAGGCCAGGAGCCGAGCCCACGUGGUGGAGGGCCAGGUGGAGGACGUGGUGGGGAACCUGCGCCAGGGCACGCUGGCACUGCAGGAGGCUCAGGACACCAUGCAGGGCACCAGCCGCUCCCUUCGGCUUAUCCAGGAAAGAGUUGCUGAGGUUCAGCAGGUGCUGGGGCCAGCGGAAAGACUGGUGGCCGGCAUGACGGCGCAGCUGGGUGACUUCCGAGCACGGCUGGAGGGGCUCCGCCUCCAGGCCAGGCAGCAGCGGGCACAGGCCGCUCAGGCCCAGCAGCUCGCAGAAGGCGCGGAACAGCAGGCGCUGAGCGCCCAGGAGGGAUUUGAGAGAAUAAAGCAAAAAUACGCUGAAUUGAAGGACCAGUUGGGUCGGAGCCCCACGCUGGGGGAGCAGGGCAGCCGGAUCCUGAGCGUCAAGACGGAGGCAGAGGAGCUGUUUGGGGAGACCAUGGAGAUGAUGGACAGGAUGAAAGACAUGGAGCUGGAGCUGCUUCGGGGGAGCCAGGCCAUUGAGCUCCGCUCGGCAGACCUGACGGGGCUGGAGAAGCACGUGGAACAGAUCCGAGACCACAUCAAUGGGCGUGUGCUCUAUUAUGCCACCUGUAAGUGACGUGCCAGCUCCCAGUCCCUGGCCCUGCUCGUCUGCCCUCUUUACUUUUGGAGGACAGACUGGGUUGGAAUACUUUCCAGCUCCAAGAGACUUUUACACAGUUGAAAGCACAGCAUGGACCACCCCUGGGGUGCAGCUGUUAAGACUGUUCUGGGCUGCAGCUGAGCUUGAGCUGAUGGGAAACUACAUUUGAGAGACAGAGAGGCUGGAGGUGGCCAUGCCUUUGUGAUGAGGAGCGGAGCUCUCACAUGCAGGGAGCUUAGCUGGGCAGCGCCCAUGCCCUUCAUCCUCCACUGAGGCUGAGUCCUGGUUGGACACAAAAACUUAACAAAAAAUGAUGUACAAAUGAAAAGUCCAAUAAAAAUCUUUGGAAAGAA